AUGAAUUCAACAUCAUUUUCUCAGGUGGAGAAUCAUUCAGUCUAUUAUAACUUUUCAGAGAAGAAUUCCCGGUUUUUGGCUUUCGAAAAUGAUGAUUGUCAUCUGCCCUUGGCCAUGAUAUUCACGUUAGCACUUGCUUACGGAGCUGUGAUCAUUCUUGGGGUCUCUGGAAACCUGGCUUUGAUCAUCAUCAUCUUGAAGCAAAAAGAGAUGAGAAAUGUCACCAACAUCCUGAUUGUGAACCUUUCCUUCUCAGACUUGCUUGUGGCCAUCAUGUGUCUUCCCUUCACAUUUGUCUACACGCUGAUGGACCAUUGGGUUUUUGGUGAGGCAAUGUGCAAGUUGAACCCCUUUGUGCAGUGCGUUUCCAUCACUGUGUCCAUCUUCUCUCUGGUCCUUAUCGCUGUGGAACGGCAUCAGCUGAUUAUCAAUCCUCGGGGUUGGAGACCAAGUAAUAGACAUGCAUACGUAGGUAUUGCGGUCAUCUGGGUCCUUGCUGUGGCUUCUUCUCUGCCCUUCCUGAUCUAUCAAGUAUUGACAGAUGAGCCCUUCCAAAAUGUGACCCUUGAUGCGUUCAAGGACAAAUACGUCUGCUUUGAUAAAUUUCCAUCAGAUUCUCACCGGCUGUCUUAUACCACUCUCCUCUUGGUGCUACAGUACUUUGGCCCGCUCUGUUUUAUAUUUAUUUGCUACUUCAAGAUAUACAUACGCUUAAAAAGAAGAAACAGCAUGAUGGACAAGAUGAGAGACAAUAAGUACAGGUCCAGUGAAGCCAAAAGAAUCAACGUCAUGCUGCUGUCCAUCGUGGUGGCGUUUGCCGUCUGCUGGCUGCCUCUCACCAUCUUCAACACUGUGUUUGACUGGGACCAUCAGAUCAUUGCUACCUGCAACCAUAAUCUGUUGUUCCUUCUCUGCCACCUCACAGCCAUGAUCUCCACUUGCGUCAACCCCAUAUUUUAUGGCUUCCUGAACAAAAAUUUCCAGAGAGACCUGCAGUUCUUCUUUAGCUUUUGUGAUUUCCGGUCUCGAGAUGAUGACUAUGAGACCAUCGCCAUGUCCACCAUGCACACAGAUGUUUCUAAAACAUCUCUGAAGCAAGCAAGCCCAGUCGCACUUAAAAAGAUCCACACUGAUGAUAAUGAAAAAAUCUGA